AUGAUGAAGGUCAACAGCAUUAGUAGUAGUAGUAGUAGCACUAGUAGUAGGAGCAGUAUCAGUAGUAGUCAUUGUAGUAGCAGUAGCAGUAGUAGUAGUAGCUAUAGUGAUAGCGGUGGUAACAGUGGUAGUAGUAGUAGUAAUAGUAAUGCUGAUGCAGUUGUAGUCGUAGUUGCUACAAAAAGGUAUGGCCCAAGGGAGACAGGCAACGAAGAAAGCUUAGGCAUUUACCGGCAUUGGAGAGCAGGGCGUGCUGCUGCUGCUGCUAUCAUCAAAAGAAUAAUAAAUAUAAGGAUGGGGAUUGAUGGCAGUAGCAUUGGCGGUAUUGGUAGCAGCAACUGCUUACUACUUCUUACCACAGCGACAUUCUAUCUUAUGGUGCUUUUCGCUCACAGAUCAAUAGCCAAAGGGAAGAGUUUGCGCUGCUACGCUGAUACCGUAAUCAAAUUGCUUGUUUGUGGUCAGAAAAAUGUGAUUGGAUGUGAGGGCAAACCAUAUGGCAUUACAGAAGAAACGCUCUCUUGUAGUACAGCUAAUGACUGUUUGACGUUAUGA